CUGCUUCCCGCGACGUGGUGCGUCACUCGCGAGGCGAAUCUCGCCGCGGGACCAUGGGACGGAAAGGCGUUCGCGGCGGGGCGCAGCGGCCACGGGAGCCGCGCGGCCGGAAGGCCGAAGGCAAGAGCCAGGCCCGGAGCGAAGAGAAGGAGGCGGAGGUCCUUGAGAAUGAGAAACCUCCAAAGAAGAGCCGCCCCUCAAAGGCUUCGCAAGGAAAGAGGAAGAGGGGUUUCAGUGAUUCCCGGGGCCCAGCUGACGGUCCAGCCAAAAAGAAAGUGGCCAAGGGCACUGCUAAAUCCAAAAAACUCAAGAUUAUCAAAGAAGAAGCCCUCAGCGAUGGGGAAGAUUGCAGGGACUUUUCAAGGACCCCCAAGAAGGCACACCAUCCAAAGAGAGAGAACGUCAUUGACAAAGGCAGCAGUGAAGGAGAUGAUGAAGAAAGUGAAGAUGAUUGGGAAGAGGUAGAAGAACUUAAUGAGCCUGUGCCAGGUGACGUGGGAGAAAACGCAACCUUCUCUAAAUCUUUUGUGCCUGUGAAUCCAGUGGAGAUAGAGAUUGAAACACCGGAGCAGGCUAAAACAAGAGAAAAAAGUGAAAAGACAAAAAUGGAAUUUGAGAUCUAUCUUCGGAGGAUGGUGAAACGUUUUCAUAAAGAAGUCCAUGAGUGUACACACAAGGUCCACCUGCUGUGCCUGCUAGCAAAUGGAUUCUUCCGAAACCGCAUCUGCAGCCAGCCAAGUCUGCAUGCUAUUGCCCUCUCCAUCAUCCCGACUCACUUCACCAAAGUGACACCUAGGGACAUGGAUAUCAGCUUCCUCUCAAACCUGCUGAAAUGGUUCAUUGGAACAUUUACAGUUAAUGCCGACCUUUCAGUCAACGAGCAAGACAGCCUGCAGACUACCCUGGAGAGGAGAUUUGCUAUUUACUCCGCGCGAGAUGACGAGGAAUUGGUCCACAUAUUUUUACUGAUACUCCGGGCCCUGCAGCUCCUGACCCGACUGGUAUUGUCCCUACAGCCAAUUCCUCUGAAGUUAUCAGCAGCUAAGGGAAAGAAACCUUCUGAGAAGAAACCCGUAUCAGUUCCUGCAAGCUCCUCAGAAACUUCUAGCCAAGUUCCACAAAAGCAGACCAAACCAAAGACCAGCAAAGGAACAAAACAAGAGAAAACCUUUUCUAAGGGUCCCGGCAGUGCAAGCGCCAAAGGAAAGAGGGGCAAGGCCAGCACGGGCAGAAAGAACCAGAGAGAGCCCUCCACCAGCGAGGACGAAGGCGAGGGAGGAGAGCAGGAGGUGGACUCCCAGCGGCGGCGGCGUGUCCGGGAGCGGCGGGUGGCCUCCAGGGUGUCCUAUAAAGAGGAGAGCGGAAGUGACAAGGCUGACAGUGGCUCUGACUUUGAGCUCUCCAGUGGAGAAGCCCAUCACCCAUCCGAUGAGGAUUUUGAGUCAGAGCUUCCAAGGCAGAGGAGGGCCCCGGCUCCUCAAGGGACAAAGGCAGGUUCCAAGAGUGACCCCAGGACCCGGCGUAAAAGCCAGUCGAAGCACCCAGUCCUGCCAGCAGCACCCUCAAGCUCUUUGAGCAGUAAGAGAAGCAAGAACUUUUCCCGUGAUGGUGAGGAGGCAGAAGGAGGGAAGGCAGCUGGCAUAGACCAGUGGCUGGAAGUGUUCUGUGAGCAAGAGGAGAGGUGGAUAUGUGUAGACUGUGUGCACGGAGUGGUGGGCCAGCCUCUCACCUGUUACAAGUACGCCACCAAGCCCAUGACUUACGUCGUGGGCAUAGACAGUGACGGCUGUGCCCGAGAUGUCACCCAGAGGUAUGACCCAGUCUGGAUGACGGUGACCCGCAAGGGCCGUGUGGAUGCUAAGUGGUGGGCCGAGACCCUGAGGCCGUACCAGAGCCCAUUCGUGGAACGGGAGAAGAAAGAAGAAUUGGAGUUUCAGGCAAAGCACCUGGACCAGCCUUUGCCCACGGCCUUCGGGAUUUAUAAGAACCACCCUCUUUACGCCCUGAAGAGGCACCUCCUGAAGUACGAGGCCAUCUACCCCGAGACAGCCGCCAUCCUUGGGUACUGCCGUGGGGAAGCUGUCUACGCCAGGGAUUGUGUGCACACCCUGCACUCCAGGGACACAUGGCUGAAACAAGCCAGGGUGGUGAAGCUCGGAGAAGUACCCUACAAGAUGGUGAAAGGCUAUUCCAACCGGGCCCGGAAAGCCCGUCUUGCCGAGCCCCAGCUGCGGGACCAAAAUGACCUGGGCCUCUUCGGCCACUGGCAGACAGAGGAGUAUGAGCCGCCUGUGGCCGUGGAUGGGAAGGUGCCCCGGAAUGAGUUUGGGAACGUUUACCUCUUCCUGCCCAGCAUGAUGCCCGUCGGCUGCAUCCAGCUGAAGCUGCCCAACCUUAACCGCGUGGCCCGCAAGCUGAAUAUUGACUGUGUCCAGGCCAUCACCGGCUUCGAUUUCCACGGAGGCUAUUCCCAUCCCGUAACCGAUGGGUACAUAGUCUGUGAGGAAUUCAAAGACGUGCUCCUGGCCGCUUGGGAAAACGAGCAGGCACUCAUUGAGAAGAAGGAGAAAGAGAAAAGGGAGAAGCGGGCCCUAGGGCACUGGAAGCUGCUGGUCAAAGGGUUGCUCAUCCGAGAGAGGCUGCAGCUUCGCUAUGGGGCCAAGAGUGAAGCAGCAGCUCCCCAUGCACAUGCCAGAGGUGGUCUCUCUUCUGAUGAAGAGGAGGGGACCAGCUCCCAAGCAGAAGCAGCCAGGAUUCUGGCUGCCUCCUGGCCCCAAAACCGAGAAGCUGAAGAAGAGCAGAAACCAAAGUGCCCAAGGAAGACCAGAAGGGCAAAGAAAGCGGCAGCUUCCCAUCUGUUCCCGUUUGAGAAGCUGUGAUGUGAGUGUCCACCUGGCCGUGUGCUCUGCGGCUGCAGGUCCCAUACCUGCCCGUGGCGGGUCCCAGGCCCGGGUGGCUGUGGCUUCUCUGCUGAGAAGGUGAACGGAAGCAGCGGCCACUGCAGAGGCUGCCAGAGGACGGAAGGGUCAAAUUGAGGUUAUGCCGCAGGUCUCUUCUGGCAUUCCCCCUUGCUGGAUUCUGCCUGGGCUGGGUUUCAGAGCUUUUGGCAACCAAACCCUGCCCUUUGAGCUGUAGAGCCCUUCCCCAGGAGACCUUCUCCUGCACCCACACCUUGAUCUUCCCAUCUUUAGAAAUGUGGGUCAGUUCUUUUUAUAGAAACCACUGGGAAAUUUGGGGGUGAUGAUGCAUCCAAUCCUUUCUUCCAGCCGAUUCUUCAUUCAUUAAAUACAUGUGCUCCUGCCUCUUACAGACUGAGGGCCCUUCUCUGAAGGCCACUUAGUUUUGCCCUGAAUCAGGCUGACUGUUGUGCCUGAUGCUGCCCCCUCUCUGUAGAACGGGAGAGCAGAUGGGAAGGGCAGGUCAUCUCAGACUCUGGUGGCGUUGGGACCUGCUUUUGGAAGUAACAUUUCAUGGUGGCAGGUGACUAGAGCAAAGGCUAAAAUCAGGAAAGAAAAGGAAAACCACAGACAGGGAAUUAAGGAGAUAUUAAUAAAAGUGGAUCAAUGUUAAACUAGAUUUGAUUCAUCACUGGAUAAACAUACCACACUCUAUGCACUGUACCCAUUCAGGAGAAAUCAUUUUCGUAACAUUUUGAGAAAAAAAUAAAGCAUUUAUAUAAAAA